UUGUUAACCCAAGUUUCAUAGUUGAGUGUCCUAUCGUCCUCUGCUUCUCCCCUAUUCCUAUAUUAUUUUCACUCUUUCCCUUCCUCCCUUCCCUUAUAUAAUUCCCUCUCUCUAAAUUAAAAGUUGCAUAUCUUUUAAAAUUAUACGCUGGCUUCUCAUUUUCUCUCUUUCCUCACUUCCUUACUUUGAUUACCUUUUCUAUAUAUCACAAAAAUUUUGCAGUCUUUCUUUCAGACGCAAGCAGCAGGCACCUGUCCUAGAAACAGAGAUCUUCUCGAGUUAGUUAAAUAACGGUUUUUGCUAUCCCCAUUUUGCCCUUUCAUCUUCUUCUUCUCCUUCAUCGGAAGAUGAUUAGUUGGAACGAUCUUUACACCGUUUUAACGGCGGUGAUCCCACUGUACGUUGCUAUGAUCUUGGCUUACGGCUCCGUCCGUUGGUGGAAAAUAUUUACCCCCGACCAGUGCUCGGGUAUCAACCGCUUUGUCGCCAUAUUUGCCGUUCCUCUCUUGUCUUUCCACUUCAUUUCCACCAAUGACCCUUACGCCAUGAACUUCAGGUUCAUAGCAGCCGACACCCUUCAAAAGCUCCUCAUGCUCUUCGUUCUUGGAUUGUGGACUAAUUUAACAAGGAACGGAAGCCUGGAAUGGAUGAUCACCAUUUUCUCUUUAUCUACUCUCCCCAACACUCUAGUCAUGGGCAUUCCUCUUUUAAUCGCUAUGUACGGUCCCUACUCCGGGAUGCUCAUGGUCCAAGUCGUGGUUCUCCAGUGUAUCAUUUGGUACACCCUUCUUCUUUUCCUUUUUGAGUACCGCGGUGCCAAAAUCCUCAUCAUGGAGCAGUUUCCCGAAACUGCAGCUUCCAUUGUUUCUUUCAAAGUUGAUUCCGAUGUGGUUUCACUUGACGGCCGCGAUUUCCUCGAAACCGACGCUGAAAUCGGGGAAGACGGCAAGCUACACGUUAAGGUCAGGAAAUCUAAUGCUUCCAGGAGGUCUUUGGGGCCGUGUUCCCUUCCUGCAUUGACUCCCAGGCCUUCCAACCUCACCGGUGCUGAAAUCUACAGUUUGAGCUCUUCAAGGAACCCCACGCCAAGAGGUUCCAAUUUCAACAACUCCGAUUUUUACUCCAUGAUGGGUGUUCAAGGAUUUCCUGCAAGACACUCCAAUUUCGGUCCAGCUGAUUUAUACUCUGUUCAAUCCUCUAGAGGACCUACUCCAAGGCCAUCCAAUUUUGAAGAAAACAAUACAGUAAUGUCUCCACGAUUCGGAUUUUAUCCAGCACAGACUGUUCCUUCAUCCUACCCUGCUCCAAACCCUGAAUUCUCAUCCGUCACGAAGAACGCUAAAGCUACCCAACAACAACAACAGCAGCUAGUUCAACCACAGCAGCAGCCUAGGGAGAAGGAGAAUAAUAAAGAGAAUCAUGAUGCCAAGGAAUUGCACAUGUUUGUGUGGAGUUCAAGUGCUUCGCCGGUUUCAGAAGGCGGAGGUCUCCAUGUCUUUGGUGGUACAGAUUUCGGAGCGUCCGAACAAUCUGGACGGUCUGAGCAGGGUGCUAAAGAGAUAAGGAUGUUGGUCGCAGAUCACCCUCAAAACGGGGAAAACAAAGCUUGUGAAGGCAUGGCAGGCAGUGGUGACGUUCAUGGAGAGGACUUCAGCUUUGCUGGAAGAGAUGGGGAAGAAGAGAGAGAAAAGGAAGGACCCAAUGGUCUCAAUAAGUUGGGGUCUAGUUCAACGGCCGAGUUGCACCCUAAAGCCGCCGGAGGGCCGGAGUCUGGCGUAGGCAAACAAAUGCCGCCGGCAAGUGUAAUGACGCGCUUAAUCUUGAUCAUGGUCUGGCGCAAGCUUAUCCGAAAUCCCAAUACAUAUUCCAGUCUCAUCGGGCUGGUUUGGUCCCUAAUUGCUUUCAGGUGGCAUGUGAGUAUGCCGAAAAUAAUAGAGAAGUCUAUCUCCAUCCUGUCAGAUGCUGGACUAGGAAUGGCCAUGUUUAGCUUAGGUCUGUUUAUGGCACUGCAACCCAAGAUCAUCGCUUGUGGGAACUCUGUAGCUACAUUUGCCAUGGCCGUUAGGUUCUUAACUGGUCCGGCUGUCAUGGCUGCCGCUUCGAUUGCAGUAGGGUUGCGCGGCACACUCCUCCGUGUCGCCAUCGUUCAGGCGGCUCUGCCACAAGGAAUUGUACCAUUUGUGUUCGCCAAGGAAUACAAUGUCCACCCUGCGAUUCUUAGCACUGCGGUUAUCUUUGGGAUGUUGAUAGCAUUACCAAUAACGCUGGUGUACUAUAUUCUUCUAGGAUUGUGAGGGUACUUUCAUAGUAAGCCAGAGAUAUGAACGGGAGUUUUCCAGGGGUUGAUAGAAUUGAUCAAAACCGGAUUAUGUUGUUAAUUACCAUGAGGAUAUUCCGGGAAAGAAGAUUUUAGUACAAGAAAAAGAAAUUGUCACAAGGGUUCCAAAACCAUUGGAGCUAACCUAGCUAAAGGUAUUUGACUUAGUAAUGUGUCCUCCCUGAUUUAAGGGAUCAUGCCCCCAUGAGAAGCCAAGUUUAUCCAAUUUCCUAGAGUAAUUUUGAGGAGAAGAAAAGAAGGCCAAUCCUGCAUAAGGAAGACAAUGAAGAGGAAAAUGGGGGCAAACAAAGCUGGUUACUUCAUAUUAAUUAAUUUACUUUUAAUCUCCCUUAUGCUUUUAUUGUAAAGUUUGAUUUCAUUCUAAUGAAAGCUGCCAAGGGUUUUCCUUUUUUUUCUCCUUUCUUUUUCAAAUGCUACUGGUACUUUUACAAUUUUUUUAAUAUAAGAAUGUAAUCUGAUUUGUUGGCUUUGAUUGGCAAUUAUUGGCGUAAAUCAUCCUGGGUUAUUUUUUCUGUGUCUUACUUAGGAGAUUUAUUUAUGAUUUUAAAUAAUAAUAAUAAGAAGAAAAAGGUGUUUUAUUGCUGAUUUGGUAAUUCAGGUUUAACUAGGUGGGCAGGAAACAUGUGGUAAUGUCCUCGUGUGCGUGGCCUGAUUCAACAGCAAACAAUGGGGCCAUAGGUUAUCGAGGGUCAUCAAGAAUUAAGCAAGCAAAAUACCCAAAACAAAUUGACUCCACCCUUCCCCCAAUAAUUCACCCAAAAGUUAUUCAGGUGACAGUAUUUGGUAUAAAUGUGAAAUAGCCACCUCCUGUUUUCCGAUAAGAUUAUAAUAUACAUUCAUAUAUUUGACAUUGAUGAAUUAAAUUAUAGAGAAGUGGGGAUAGUUGGAGCAGCGAGCAAUUAAGACAUGGCUCCGACGGGAAUGAAUACAAGCCAACAAAGACUAAUCAAGACAUUUGAGAGGGAGAGCGUGAUGGUCGAUGUCUGCUGAACCACGGACAUGAGCCAGGUGAGAUGGGCCCAAGCCCAACCGAGGGACCAGGGACCAUUUGAGCGAUUAAUUAUACUUUUGAUUUUGAAAAAGACAUUGCCCAUGGGGGACCAUGGGGGAAUAAAUAAAUAAAAGGUUGUUUUUAUUUUGGGUUAAA